GACUCUACCUUUACCCUGCCUUCAUUUCUCACAACCACCGACACCUCAGCCACGACUCUCCCUGUCUCCGUUUCGUCAGUACUAGAGCACAGCUUCCAGAGGCCAGGGAUUAUUCUUUGAUUUCUAUACCACGAAAUGUCAUUAGAAAGCAUACACAUUUCUCAGGAUCUCUGUCAAAAACAGGUCGGUUUUGUCCCGUCUAAUUACUAUUCACGAGCCUCUCUUCUGAUUGGCCUGGCCAAUCGAAUUUAACAACGUCACAAUUACGUCAGCGCUAGAUGGAUGGAAAACAAAGGGAAGAUGUUGUGAUGUUGUAAUACAGCCUCAAAUAGACUGGACUGAAACGAUCGUCAAAAAUGCCUGUGUUUGCACACUUCUUAUCUGAAAAGGUUCAAUAAAGUAUUGUCUUUUUGUUGUUAUGUCCAAGUCUAAAGUUGUAGUUUCUUUGUGACUAUGUCGUUUAUUAAAUAACGUCUGUGUGCAUGUGUGUAAAACAACAAACUGACAGUUUAUAUACUGCAUAUACACCAUAUAUAAAUCAUGACCAGAUCGACAUGCGCUCUGUCAGAUCGUUGUACAGUUCGGCUGACCUGGUUUUUCUGUUAAAAUAAACCUUUUCGAUAUGUUUCCGUGUUGUUGUUGCUCUGUGGCCAUAGGUUUAAAUGCGCAGUAUGUGUUUUCUGUAGUCAGGCGACUGAGAGGAAGACCGGGGUUUUGCUGAAGUAGUCAAAUGAAGGCUAGAUUCUGUCGUGAUCGUCAGACUUUAAAGAUGAGCGUCUGGCUGGUUAUGAUCUGGGUGUCUCACACUGUGGGAACAGCAAACAAGGCGUUCAUUGUAACACAGUGGCCGACGGUGGCUGAGGUGAUGGCUGGAGAAGAAGUGGUUUUAAAGUGCAACAUUGUAGAGCUGUACGCCCCGUGUUCGACGGUGGCUUGGCUGAGAGUCGUUCCCGGGAACGCAACGAUCAGCCUGACCGACAGACUUCAGAUCGUUCCUCAUCACUCCUCCAACCAGGCGAGCAGUAUCUGUACCGCUGUUAUCACCAAUUCAACGGUGCGUGACUCCAGUACGUACUACUGCGCGGCUGUGCAAGGCCGCUUCGCUCACAUCGGUAAUGGAUCCAGAGUCUUUGUGAAAGAACGCACUGUGUUUCCUGUUAUUGAUAUUCUUACUCCGCUGAUCACGAACGGCCCUUUGGUCCCUCUCCAGUGUGUUGUGAACGGGGUCGAGGCUUCUGGGGUUCGCGUGUUCUGGACCGUGGAGGGGAGAAAAGAAAAAGGACAACCAGUUUUGACGCAUGGGAACGAUGGUGCUAUCCGGACCUUUAGGAACCAGAUCCUGGUUACCGCCGAGGAGUGGGAAAGGAAGGCUCAGUGUGUGUGUGUAGUGGAGUUUGGAGGACAGCUCUAUACCAAGACCCUUCAGCCACAUGAUGCAACAGAUGCGUGUUAUGCUUUAAAAUACAUAUAUCUGUUUGUCUGCUUCGUUUUUGGCCUUCUGCUUCUGGUGACAGUGAUUGUUUAUAGACUGAGAUGGAAAACCUUUGUUAUAUGAUAUGUGUAUGAAAAAAAAAAAAAACAGUUUUAUGUUAAUGUUUAUGUUAAUGUUUUUUCGGUGAUUCAUGUUUUGAAUAUCAUUGUUUAUUUUGGUAAUCGAAAGGAUGUAUUUAAUCCAAUAUGUUCUGAACAUUAAAAA